AUGGACGCACAAAAAUCAAAAUCAAGCUCCACGACAAGGAAGCAUGGUAAUCAACAGCGACAACGCAUGGUUCAAAACUACCUCUUAGUUUGGGUGAAUACAAACAUCGAUGAAAAGGACGAAGACCGGCAGAACACUUUGACGCACUUACGAAGUGUUGUCAAUGAUGUCAAUAUAUACACUCAACCAGAUGCUUGCGUUCAAUUUCUCAAUAGCAUUGGUGACGAAAAAGCUUUCGUCAUCACAUCGGGAUCCUUAGGUCAACAGUUAGUUCCCGAGAUUCACGACAUUCCACAAGUGAAUGCCAUCUACAUCUUCUGUAGCAACAAAUCCAGGCAUGAAACCUGGACAAAGAGCUGGUCAAAAGUCAAAGGUGUUCACACAAAUAUCAAAGAAAUCUGUGAAGCGCUGACCACGGGUGUUAAACAAUAUAAUCAAGACUCCAUCGCCAUCAGUUUAGUUCCUGUAAUAGAAGAGGGUCCCAAUGCCAAUCUCAAUCAACUGGAACCCAGUUUUAUGUACACGCAAAUAUUCAAGAAGAUUCUCCUCGACAUGGAACAUGACAAGCAAGGAAUCAAAGACCUGCUCAUUUAUUGUCGUCAGUGUUUUCAAAACAACAUCAAAGAGCAAAGGAUUAUCGGUGAGUUUGAACGUAACUAUCGUCCAGAUAAGGCCAUUUGGUGGUAUACACGUGAGUGUUUUACCUACCAAAUGCUCAAUCAAGCACUUCGCACUUUGGAUGGCGAACUCAUCAUUAACAUGGGGUUUUUCCUCCAUGAUUUACACAAACAAAUACAACAACUACAUCAAGCACAGGUCAGCAAUUACAAACGAAAACCUUUCGUAGUCUACCGUGGACAGGGACUAUGUAAGAAAGAUUUUGACCAGUUAUCCAAAACUGUAGGUGGUCUUUUAUCUUUCAACAAUUUUUUAUCCACCAGUAUCAAACAACAGAAAUCUCUUGUGUUUACCUACAGCGCUCUCAGUGAUCCCGACAAGGUGGGUGUUCUGUUCGUGAUUACAAUUGAUCCAAAUAUUAGUACUACGCCAUUCGCAUCUGUUCGCGGUGUUAGUUAUUUUGAAGACGAAGCAGAGAUCCUGUUUUCCAUGCACAGCGUCUUUCGUGUCGGUACAAUUCGACAAGUGGGUGACAAGAAUAAACUUCACCAUGAGGUGCAACUUCAGUUGACCGCUGAUGACGAUCCACAACUCCGUGUGUUAACAGACCGGAUUGAAAGGGAAGUUCAAGGUAGUACAGGAUGGCAAUGUUUGGGUAAAUUAUUGCUUAAACUCGGACAGUUGGAUAAAGCCGAAGAACUGUACGCUGUGCUACUCGAACAAACAUCUAACAAGAGUGACACAGCACUCUAUUAUCAUCAACUUGGCUACUUAAAAGAUGAUCAAGGUGAUUAUAAAAUGGCUAUAGAGUACUAUGAAAAAGCACUUAAAAUCCAAGAAACAACUCUUCCGUCAAAUCACCCUUCGUUGGCCACUUCGUACAGCAACAUCGCUUUGGUGUAUGACAAAAUGGGAGAGUAUUCGAAAGCACUCUCAUUCUUCGAAAAAGCACUUGAAAUCGAAGAAAAAACUCUUCCUUCGAAUCACCCUGAUUUGGCUCAAUCGUACAACAACAUCGGUUUGGUGUACUACAACAUGGGAGAGUAUUCGAAAGCACUUUCAUUCUAUGAAAAAGCACUUGAAAUUAGAGAAAAAACUCUUCCUUCGAAUCACCCUUCGUGGGCUACUUCGUACAACAACAUCGGUUUUGUGUACUACAACAUGGGAGAGUAUUCGAAAGCACUUUCAUUCUAUGAAAAAGCACUUGAAAUCUGGGGAAAAACUCUUCCUUCAAAUCAUCCUUCGUUGGCUGCUUCGUACAACAACAUCGGUUUGGUGUAUAACAACAUGGGGGAGUAUUCGAAAGCACUUUCAUUCUAUGAAAAAGCAUUUGAAAUUAGAGAAAAAACUCUUCCUUCGAAUCACCCUUCGUUGGCUACUUCGUACAACAACAUCGGUGCGGUGUACCAGAACAUGGGAGAGUAUUCGAAAGCAUAUUCAUUCUACGAAAAAGCACUUGAAAUCUCGGGAAAAUCUCUUCCUUCGAAUCACCCUGAUUUGGCUACUUCGUACAACAACAUCGGUUUGGUGUAUAACAACAUGGGAGAGUAUUCGAAAGCACUUUCAUUCUACGAAAAAGCAUUUGAAAUCUGGGAAAAAUCUCUUCCUUCAAAUCACCCCGAUUUGGCUACUUCGUACAACAACAUCGGUGGGGUGUACAAGAACAUGGGAGAGUAUUCGAAAGCACUUUCAUUCUACGAAAAAGCAUUUGAAAUCUGGGGAAAAACUCUUCCUUCAAAUCACCCUUCGUUGGCUACUUCGUACAACAACAUCGGUUUGGUGUACUACAACAUGGAAGAGUAUUCGAAAGCACUUUCAUUCUAUGAAAAAUCACUUGCAAUCCUAGAAAAAUCUCUUCCUUCGAAUCAUCCUUCGUUGGCUGCUUCGUACAACAACAUCGGUUUGGUGUAUAACAACAUGGCAGAGUAUUCGAAAGCACUUUCAUUCUAUGAAAAAGCACUUGAAAUUAGAGAAAAAACUCUUCCUUCGAAUCACCCUGAUUUGGCUCAAUCGUACAACAACAUCGGUUUGGUGUACUACAACAUGGGAGAGUAUUCGAAAGCACUUUCAUUCUAUGAAAAAGCACUUGAAAUCUGGGGAAAAACUCUUCCUUCGAAUCACCCUGAUUUGGCUCAAUCGUACAACAACAUCGGUUUGGUGUACUACAACAUGGGAGAGUAUUCGAAAGCACUUUCAUUCUAUGAAAAAGCACUUGAAAUCUGGGGAAAAACUCUUCCUUCGAAUCACCCUGAUUUGGCUCAAUCGUACAACAACAUCGGUUUGGUGUACUACAACAUGGGAGAGUAUUCGAAAGCACUUACUUAUUUCGAACGCGCUCUGGACAUUCGUCAACGUGCAUUACCGGCGAAUCAUCCUGAUAUAAAUGACGUAAAAGAAAAUAUCGAAAGUUGUAAGAGAGCAAUGAAGGAAUAA